AUGUCUAGAGAAAGCAAUCUUCCUGUUAUUGAAGAUGUUGACCAGAAAAUCCUAGAAGAAAUCUUCAGUUACACGCAACAAAAGCCCGGCUACGUAUACGUGGGACCGAAGCGCUACUUCUACCCUGACACGUACAAAACAUUCGGGCCACAGAUCUACAACUUCGCAGUGCGACCGGAUGACGUGUUCCUUUUAGCUCAUCCAAGAACUGGCUCCACGUGGACACAAGAGAUGCUAUGGCUUCUCAACAAUAACUUAGACUAUAAAAUAGCUAAAUCUGAGGACAUCCUUUUACGCUUCCCGCUAAUAGAUUACUGCUUGAUGUUAACACCGGAGUCAGAGAAAGAUAGACUUGAUAAAAUAGAUGAUGUGGAUAAAAGGGAAUUUCUGAAGAGUAUAUUAGAGCCCGCGGUCCAUAAACUGCGGGACGCACCCUCGCCACGUUUCAUAAAAAGUCAUCUUCCAUUAUCUCUGCUGCCACCAAAUCUUCUUAAUACAACGAAGGUGAUAUAUAUAACAAGGGACCCUAGAGAUGUAAUAGUAUCAUACUACAAUUUAUUAAAACUUCGCUAUUUAAAGCCUGGCGUUGAAUUUAGCGUGUUUUGGAGCUUACUUCGUCGUGGCCUUGUUCCAUGGUCACCAAUAUUCGCACAUUUAAAGGAAGCUUGGGCGGAACGACACCAUCCAAACAUGCUGUUCAUGUUUUACGAAGAUUUGUCUAAAGACCUUGCUGGUUGUUUAAAACGUAUGGCCAAAUUCUACGGCAAGUCAUAUUCUGAGGAGCAAAUCCAGGAACUAUGCGAGCAUUUGAAAUUUGAGAAUUUCAAAAAGAACGACUCCGUGAACAAGAGUCAAGUAAUGCAAGAAUUGGGUGUCGUAAAUCAACAGAUCACUUUCAUCAGAGAAGGUAAAGUGGGAGGCUGGCGCGAUUACUUCCAAGGAGAGAUGGAAACAGAAGUCGAAAACUGGAUGAAGGAAAACUUGGCGGAUACAGAUUUUAAGUUCCCCACAUUCAACCCGAAAACAUAACUUGUGAAACAAAUUACAUUAA